AUGGAGCUUCAGAUCUUAGAAGGUUUACAGUGGAAGGUACGACCAGUGACAUCCAGAUUAGAUGCAAAAGCUGAAACCAAGGCUAAUGCAUCUGUGAUUUAUGUGCCUCCACCAUUUGCUGCUGCAACAAUCAUGGAAGCAUUAGAGGCUGAACUGGAUUUGAUUGUUUGCAUUACAGAAGGAAUUACACAACAUGACAUGGUUCGUGUAAAGGCUGCUCUUCUUAAGCAGUUAAAAACUCGGCUGAUUGGACCAAAUUGCCCUGGUAUCAUUAAGCCUGGAGAAUGCAAGAUCAGAAUCAUGCCUGGUUACAUUCAUAAACCAGGGCGUAUUGGUAUUGUAUCUCGAUCUGGCACACUAACUUAUGAAGCGGUAUACCAAACUGCUACGAUAGGGCUAGGUCAAUCAGCAUGUGUGGGUAUUGGUGGGGAUCCUUUUAAUGGGAUCAACUUUGUUGAUUGCAUGAUAAAAUUCAUUGAUGACCCUCAGAUAGAAGAGAGCGUCAUGAGGGAGAUAUCAAGGAGAAGUAUAGACUUGCUCGUGUUAUGGAACAUAAGAAGCUCCUUUGAACAUUCUAAUCAAGGACAACAAAGAUUUCAUUCACCAGUGAUGGAUAGAAAUUUGCCUAAUAUGGGUCAGCAAUUACAAGGGAACCAAUCUCAAAGGUGUAGGACCCCAAAGUCACAAUUUCCCCAUGAAUGA